GAAACAAUGGACAGAGUGAAUCAAACUUCAGUGUCUGAGUUUGUGUUCUUGGGACUCACCAAUUCUUGGGACAUUCAGCUUCUACUCUUUGUGUUUUCCUCUGUUUUCUACUUGGCAAGCGUGCUGGGAAAUUCCUUCAUUGUAUUCACGGUGACUUCUGACCCUCACUUACACUCUCCCAUGUACUUCCUGCUGGCCAACCUUUCCUUCAUUGACUUGGGGAUUUGUUCUGUCGCUUCUCCUAAGAUGAUAUGUGACAUUUUCAGAAAACACAAAGUGAUUUCAUUUUCUGGGUGCAUCACUCAGAUGUUCUUUAUUCACUUGAUUUUUGGUGCUGAGAUGGUGCUGCUUGUAGCCAUGGCCUUUGAUAGAUACGUAGCCAUAUGUAAGCCUCUCCAUUAUCUGAUUAUUAUGUGUCCAAGAAUGUGCACUUCUCUUCUGGUUGCUGCUUGGAUCAUUGGCCUCAUCCACUCAGUGAUCCAAAUGGCUUUUGUAAUUAACCUGCCCUUCUGUGGUCCCAAUGAAUUGGACAGUUUUUAUUGUGAUUUCCCUCGUUUCAUAAAACUUGCCUGCACAGACACAUAUAGACUUCAGUUCAUGCUUACUGCCAACACUGGCUUUAUGUCCUUAGGUGCCUUUCUCAUUUUGAUCAUAUCCUACAUUUUCAUCCUUGUCACUGUUCAAAAACAUUCAUCAAGUGGUUCUUCUAAGGCUCUCUCCACUCUUUCAUCUCACAUCAUUGUGGUGAUUUUGUUUUUUUGUCCUAUUAUCUAUUUCUAUGCAUGGCCAUUUAACACAUCACAUCUGGACAAAUUUCUUGCUAUUUUUGAUCUAACUGUGACUCCCUUUCUGAAUCCAGUCAUCUACACAAUAAAGAACAAAGAGAUGAGGUUGGCAAUGAAAAGAGUGUGUAGAGGGCUUAUGAGUUUCAGGAAAAUCUCUUCAAUGAUGAUUAUAAGGCAAGAACUUCUACCUUCCAUAAUAAGAAAGUCUGGAAAGAGAAAUUGUAAGUGA